UCCUCAUCACUGACAGACGGCCAUCUUGUGUUGUUAGAUUCAGUGUCAUAAAUUCAGUGCCCCCCGUUGUCACCUUCUGACAAGGAACUGAGAAACAUAAAAUGGGGGGUCCACUAAAUAAAAGGCCACAAACGCAGAGUAAGGACGAGAAAAGUGACAGAGUCACCGACAGAGCAGCGCAAAAUGAAUCAAAGUGGACAGGAAUGACAGGAACAGGAGGACAACAGGCCAGGGGGGACAUGAGACCCUCAGCUGAUGUCACUUUUGACCCUGAGACUGCAUAUACACGACUCAUUGUGUCUGAAGACGGGAAAGAAGUGAGACACACAGACACAUGGCAGAGAGUGACGGACAAUCCAAAGAGGUUUGACCGCAGCCCUGAUGUUCUGGCCAGAGAAGGAUUCACGUCAGGGAGACACUACUGGGAGGUGGAGGUCGGGGGGAAGACUGCGUGGACUUUAGGAGUCGCCAGAGAGUCGGUCAACAGGAAGGGGGAGAUUACAGUGACCCCAUAUGAUGGAUACUGGACUGUGUGGCUGAGGAAUGAGAACGAAUACAUAGCUGUCACUGACCGUCCUCUCCCCCUCCCCCUGAGAAUGAAGCCCCUGACAGUGGGGGUCUUUCUGGACUAUGAUGAAGGUCAGGUCUCCUUUUACAAUGCCCAGUCCCACUCUCACCUCUACACCUUCACAGACUCCUUCACUGAGCCCCUCUAUCCGUACUUCAGUCCUGGUGUUAAUAACGAUGGUAAAAACGCAGCCCCUCUGGUCAUCUGCCCCCUGCGCACACACUGACCCCUCUGUGUUAAUGUCGUCUGUCCAUCUCUGAGCAGCACAAAGCCAAUGGAGACUUUCAGAAGAAAUCUGAGACCCUGAAUAUUGAGACCACCGUCCAUUUUGUAACUCACUUAUCUAAUUCAGGGUCACAGGGGGCUGUCAAUGUGGGGGGCAACACGGAUAAGAACCAACCUGUGACACCAGAGCUGAAGGCCGGACCACCAGUCAGUGUGCUACUACGAGACCACCGAUCAGACAAACAUGAAUUGCUAUCUAGCGUUAUAUACUUCUGUUGUUAAACGUGGACUGAAAUACACAACACUGUAAGUCUGCUGAGAAGUUCAUCAACACUGAGAUGAGUUUGGGAUGAAAUGAAAUAAAACAGAAAGGGACGUCAAAUGAAAUAAAGAAAGGCAGGAAUUACAAAAAGAAAUCAUCGACAUCAGUGAGGUGACACGGCGCUGUCCUCUGUAAGAAAAUGGCUUCUCGUGAACUUCUCUGAGGGUCCACCUCACAGUCCUGAACCUCAGUGACACACACAGGUGGUCUGCUGCAGUGCUGGAGUCGGAGUGUGUGACAGAAAUGACAAUAAUAAGUUUAAUUACUGAACAGAGUGCUAGACGUGAGAAAAGAACUGAAGAAACAGAAUUAAAAAAUGGACGACUUCACAAAAAUCAGAACAAUUAAAAAUGACAACAGAAUACAGAAUUGUGUGUGAAUGGCACCUCUUGUGGUCAUGAAGUGUAAUUAAAAUAAUUAAAAAUGGACUCAAAUUCAUUAAUCCA